AUGCCAAAAGCACUCCACUUCAAGGGCGACAAAAAAGUCAAGAAGCGCAGAAAGGCUGCCGACCCCUACGAUGCCGACGACGCCCACGCCAAGCACCCUGCCCCCAGCGCGCCUGCCGAAGCCGAAAAUGACGACUCUUGGGUGAGCGCGGAUGCGCCCAGCGACAUCUCGGGACCCAUUGUCAUUGUACUUCCGACCGACAAACCGGCUUGCUUGGCCUGCGACGCCAACGGCAAGGUGUUUGCGAGUGAAUUGGAGAAUAUCAUCGAGAGCGACGUUGCGACGGCGGAACCGCAUGACGUUCGCCAGGUCUUUGUCGCAAAUCGCGUCGCAGGCACAGAACAGCUAAGCCUCAAGGGCCAUCACGGAAGAUAUCUUAGCUGCGACAAAUUCGGUAUCCUGAGUGCAACCGCAACUGCCAUCUCGCCCGAAGAGACGUUUCUCGCCAUUCCCGUGCCCGACAAUGCCUCUGCCUUUUCCCUCCAGACCGCCCGCGACAAGUUUCUCAGCGUGGAAGAGCACAAGGCAGGCCCUGAACUCCGCGCUGACAAAGAACAUAUCGAUUUCAACACAACGUUGCGCAUACGCAUGCAGGCGCGCUUCAAGCCGCGACUCAAAGCGAACAAGGAAGAAAAGGCCAACAUCAAGAUUAGUCGCAAGGAGCUGGAAGACCAGAUCGGCCGUCGGCUAAACGAUGCAGAGGCAAAGAAGCUGAGAAAGGCAAGGGUCGAGGGAAACUUUCACGAGACGGCCCUGGACAUGAAGGUCAAGUCCAGCCACGACAAGUACGCCAGCAUGUGA